GUUCUUCCAGGAACAGCGCAGAGCUGUGCGACGUUUUAUGUCUGCUAUGGACCGAGGGCGGACAACAGCUCUGUGUGUGUCUCUAUGAGUAAACAGAGUACCGAAGCAGCUGCGGAAUUUUCCAAACUUUCUGUGCGACUUAAGAUCAGGGUUUUUCCCCAGCUGCCUGAGCCAAGUGUUUAUGCCAGCAUUUCCAGAAUAUGAUGGUUCUAAAGUCAUUUCUGGUUCAGGAACAAGGACAGUUGCAGCCCAUGUCCUGGACACAGCCAUGUUUGAUUCUCUCCCAGAGUGAUUUCAAGUGAGAUUUACAGAAGCAAGAUUGGACAGCGACGCGCAAGUCCAGCACUAAUAGGCGUCUUUGUGCAAUGUCGAAGAAUGGCACAUGGCCAGGCAACGUUGCCAUGUAGUCCUCGAGCAAUAUGGACAGUGCAGGGAGCUGUGACAGUGUAAUCAGCACAAACUCGGUCUGGAGUGAGGAUAGUAUGGAGCACCUAUCUGCAGAGGAGAAAGCGUGUCUGAUGUAUCUGGAGGAAACAAUUGAAGCACUGGAAGUGCAGGAAGACAGCGGCAUAUCAAAUGAUGAGCCAGACGUCUGCCCAAAGACGGAGCCACACGAUCAGUUAAGAAGAAAUGAUGUUCCCAUUGAAAUUCUUGAGUCAGGAAGUCAUGCGAUAUCUAGACCAACGACCCACGCAGCAGCAGAUCCUCCACCCACUGGAUUAUCAACAGAGAGUAAAACUGUGCAUCAUGCUGCAAAUCAUAUCUCCAAACCACAAUUUGCUUUCACCUCUGUAGUCGACUUAAAAGAGGACCUCAAACUUGAAACUGGUCCUCCAGUUUCUGACCCUGCUGGUUACACUACCUCAUUAACAGAAAAAACAACUAAGGGUUCAAAGUUAGAUGGAGAUGCUGAUCCUGAGAAUUUCACAAAUUCUACAGAGGCCUUAGAGAUUAGUUUGGAUGUAAUUCCUCCACCUACAGGUUUCAUGGAUGAACCAGACCUGGACUUACCACCAGAUACGAUGACUAUGGUCCCCCCACCUGUAAAUGGCUCCACAAAACAAAAACCAACUGUUGACUUGAAGCAGAUGCACUUGAGAGCCUCUUUGAAGAAACCUUUUGUUAGUUCUUCAGCUGAGGAUUCUCCAAGCAAACAUUCAGAAGUUGCUUCCCUCAUACCCCAAGUGGGUCCCCCUUCUGAGUUUUCAGAGCCCAGAAGUCCACCUGCUGUGGCCCCAAAACCUAAGAAGCUUCCUUCAAACAUUAUUUUAAAGUCACAGAAGACACCAACUCCUGUCUCUCAUGGAAAUCCAGGGCAUUCUGUGCUGUCCCAAGGUGAUCGGAUGUUAUUGGACCCUCAGAAGGUUCGAAUCGAGGCCCUCCGGAAGCUCGGGCUGCUUAAAGACAACGUGAAGGAAUCAAGCCCUGUUGGAAGCCCUAAGCUUCCUCUAAACUCUGAUGCAUACAGAGGGUCACAGAGCCACUCUCCUCCAGUCAGUCCAGUUGCUCCUCAUACACCACCUAUAACACCAUCUCUUACCCCAGGCAAUAACCCUCUUUCAGCACUUGCCCCCCAAACGUCUGUGUCUGCUCCUGUUGUGCUACUAUCAGCUACUUCUGCAUCCCCUCCCAUCCAGGAUGCUGAUGUCCUCCCGGCACCUGCAGCUUUCAGUGAUCCCAUGGAUCCUUCAGGCAACAAACUUCCUGCUGUCACUUUCAGUACCCCUCCUAACACCCCACCUGCACUGCUCAAGCAGCUUACCCAACCAAAGGUGGUCAAUAUGAAAUCAGCAACCUUGGAACGGUCUGGUUUGGGUCUGAGCAGCCAGAUGUCCAGUCAAUGGUUAUCGGAGAGAGUCAGUGACGACCAAGACCCAAAGCAGCUGCGCAAUACUCGGCCACGACCCGCCUCUCUGGGAAGUGGGAAAGACUUUUCUAGUACUAAAGGAGAGAGUUUAGUACAGAGUGGACCGUCAGACUCGAGGAAGCCCCGACCCACACAGGCCUUCCACCACAGAGGGUCUGCCAAACUGCCUCGAUCGCAGGGCAUCAGCGUGCUGAUCUGUCCUCGCGCAGAGAACGAAGAGGACCGGCGUGAGGCCCUGAAAAAGCUGGGACUGCUCAGAGACUGAGUCCCAGACAUCCUUUACAUUGUGUGAAAAGAUUCAUACAGACUAUAAAUUUAGACUAUAGAUUUAAAACUCUGACAAAGUGCCUUAACCACAUGUUUAUGCUUCUGUUUUCCACUGAAUGAGCUACCAUGUAAUUGCAUCAAAUAAUUGGAAUGAAGGGACUGUCAUGAUUCAUGGUAGCUGUAAUGGCUUUAGAAUAAUUUAUUUUGCUUUUGGAGUCAUAACAACCCUUUUUGUUUUCAUCUGCUAAUUUGCUUGACUUAAUUCCAUAAGACAUUGGCUGUUUCAACCCUUCACCAUUUCAUACUUUAGGAGUUUUGGUCAUUUUAUACCAAACCUUUUAGGGUGGUAAUAGGAGCUGUCUCCCUCCAGGUUUUUCUCACAGACCUUGCGUCAACUUGUACCGACCGUGGGGAUGUUUCUUGACAAUCAAUGUCUUAAAAUAAUUAUUUGUCUAAUCCUCUUGUAGUUGACUGGUUUUUAAAGUGGUUAUGUGACUCCAAUUAAUAUCCACCAGUAGGGCUAUUUUCAGAAACGUUAAAGACUUUUUCUGUAUUUAUUUAACCAUCUCCUGCUGGUUUUCUCAGAAAAGGUUUUUUGGUUGUUUUCUUUAAAUGUAUAGAGAAUACUUUCUGCUUGUGCUGUAGCAUCACUUUCUGUAACUUGAACAAAUACAGUUUAUAAUCACAAUCUGA